CUCUCUCUUCUAUCUCUCUUUCUUCUGUCUGUCUGUCUGUUGCUUCUGUUUCCCUCUUUCUCUUCUCUGACUUCCUUGCUUGUCCCUAUUUGUGGUGAGUUAUUUAUCAAUCAAUCACCUAAUUGUUUAGUUCAAUACCCUUCUGAAUCUAUCCUUAUCCACUUCAAUGUAUGUUUGAGGGUGCUGACAAAGACGCCAAUCAUUGAUACAUUCACGCACAUUUAACAUUCACUUUUGAUGAUGUCUCUCCAAGCAAAGCGCAAUGAACGUGUCGUGCAUGGACGUCCAUCUAUCUCAUCCAUCCUACAGAGAACAACACACAAAAGCACAAACACACACAUAUACACACACAGAGAACAAAAACACACAAUUCUCUCCUACAUUCACACGCAUUUGGCGCGUUAGUGCUCUGUUUUUCGUUGCCUCAUCUUUUGUCCUCCCCCCCCCCCUCUCGUCUUUAUCUCCUUCUUCCCUGUCUUUUAUCUAGCCGUUAGACUUUCUCAUUUUCACUCUUCAUCUCGUUCAUUUGGUUUGCUUUGUCUCAUAAAAAAAAAAACUUUUACAAAACUGUUGGUGCGUUUGGAUCAUCAAUUAUUUUUGUCAAUCUAUCUUGCACUGUUAGUCAUCCUGGGUUUCUCGUAUUUACUCGGACCCACACCAAACACUUCUCGAUUACUCCUGUCCAAAAUACAAG